UCCACCUCCAUCGCCUAUUUUAACUUCCAGUGGCUCCUCCCAACUGGAACAUCCAAUCUCCCCUGCAACACAUUCCUUCCUGAAUUGUCAUUCAUUCCUCCUCUAGCCAUGUUUGCUGCUCGUCGUCUUACUGCCGGUGUCCCUCGCGCCUUGUCCCAGAGGGCCCUUUUCCACAGCACCGCGCCGGCUUUUGUUCAGAAGGGGGACGCCAUCCCCGACCUGGACGUCCUGGUCGAGGACUCGCCCGGUAACAAGGUCAACCUCGCCAAGGAGCUCAAAGGAAAGGGCAUCAUUGUUGGUGUGCCGGCUGCUUUCAGCCCCGCGUGCUCCAGCACUCACAUCCCAGGAUACAUCAAGCAUCCCAAGCUUAAGGAGGCCGGCCAGGUUUUCGUCGUUGCAGUCAAUGACCCCUUCGUGACCAAGGCUUGGGCUUCCUCCCUUGAUCCCGAGGGCAAGAGCGGCAUUCGCUUCCUGGGUGACCCCUCCGGCAAGUUCUCCAAGGCUCUUGAUGUAACUUUCGACAGCGCUUCGAUCUUCGGAAACAACCGCAGCAAGCGUUAUGCGCUGGUUGUCGAGGACGGAAAGGUCAAAGAGGCUUUCGUGGAGCCCGACAACAUCGGUCUUGACGUCUCUGCGGCCGAGAAGAUCUUGGGCUAAACCAGCUCCGGGUACCAGCACACCCAGGACUGUUAUAUAUCUAGGCUCCUAUACAUGACAGUGAAUCAUAAUAAUUGUUUUGAUAUAAAUCUAUUUGCAAAAACCAUAGCCAGCGAAAAAAAUUAGUCAUAACCGGCAGCGCAAAGCCAUGAUGUCGAAUAACCCAACGCCCGACGGCAUGCCAUCAGAGAGCAUGUCAACCCCCAGGAUAUAUCCACCUCCGAUUCUUGCGGUCCGAACCUAGCC